AAAUGAUGUAUACAUAUAACACUCUUUAUAAUACAUUGAAAAUCUAUUAUUUUUCAGUGAUUUGCAUGUAUACAAUAUGAUCUAAUUGCCUGCGCAUUAUUACUUGUAGUUUUAUUAUCAUUUUAAGACAAUCACCUUAUAAUGUCUGUAGGAACACUGACAUUGUGCAUUGCAAGAGCUGUUUUGUUGUUGCUGUUGUUGUUUUGUUUCUUUUUAUCCUUUUUUGUGCAUUUCUGAAUUUGUUGAAACUAUACUGCCAGAAAUGUUCACAAACAUGCAAAGCGGAUGGACAGCAACUCAUUAAAACAUCAGAAGCCCGUUACUGCUUUCUCUUUGUGAUUGUCAAAAUGGAUAAUGGAUAAUGUCUAACAGCGUCCAUUCAUCUUUGUGUUAGUAGAUAUGAGAUUGUUAUUAUAAGUAUGAUCCUUCAAAUCCUAGUUGUUUGAUCUGUCUGAAAUGUUAUUCAGCAAGUAGAUUUGUCGAAACGGAAAAUAAAUUCUGAAAUUGUAUGUGGGUGUGAAUUUAAAAAAACAAGAGAAAUCCAACAGCUGGAACGUACUUCCUGGAAGCACGGCUGAUUGGCCUUUUGUUCUUAUAGGUUCUUACUCUACUUGAAAAAGAAAAAGUCACACUUGGAAAAUAACAGAUUGAUUAAUGAUCAAUGACGAGAUGAAUGAUAUAGUGGAUCGGAUCAUCCUGGAGUUACCUGCUUAUAAUAACAACUACUUUCCUGAGUAUGAGAAUGCCUCAGAGAGCCCAGUGCUGGGAAGUUAUACAUGUGAAGAGAGAGACGACACGCUACAUGUGUACCACACUGUGGUGCAGCCUCUGAUCUACAGCAUCGUGUUUCUGUUGGGCAUAGUGGGGAAUGGCUUGCUCCUCACCGUCCUGUUACAGAGACACGCUUGCCUGCGCAUCACCGAGAUCUACCUGCUGCACCUAGCCGUGGCCGAUCUGCUCCUGCUCCUCGGCUUACCGUUCGCCAUCACCCAGGUGCUGGGGAGCUGGGUUUUCGGUGACUUCCUGUGUAAAGUCAUGGGGCUGCUGAACCGCCUGAACCUGGUGUGCGGGAGCCUGCUACUGGCGUGCAUCGGCUUCGACCGCUACCUCGCCGUCGUGCAUGCCAUCUCCAGCCUCGGGAGCCGGCAGCCACGGGUCGUGCACCUCACCUGCGGCCUGCUCUGGCUCUUCAGUCUCGUCGUGGGCAUGCCCAACAUCGUCUUCCUCUCCGUGGUGUCUACGGACCAUGGGUCGUCGCAGCUGCAGUGCCACUUCCACAACCACCACAUCCACGCUUUCAACUGGACCAUCGCCAGCCGCUUCCUCACCCACCUGCUGUGCUUCUUCCUGCCCCUGGUCGUCAUGAGUUACUGCUACAUCGCCGUGGUGAUCACCCUCCGGCGCAGCCAGCAGAGUCUCCAGAAGCAGAGCGCCAUUCGCCUGGCCAUGCUGGUGACCGGGGUCUUCUGCUUGUGCUGGCUUCCGUACAACUUGGCCCUCCUGGUUCACAGCCUGGUGCAGCUGAACAUUCUGACCGAGGAGAGCUGCGAGGCUCGCCGUGCGCUGGCUCAGAGCCUCGUGCUCACAGAGAGUUUGGGUUACAUGCACUCCUGCCUCAACCCCAUCCUGUACGCCUUCGUAGGGGUGCGUUUCCGCAGCGACCUUCUGCAGCUUUUGGCCAAAUGGGGCUUGGGGUCUGCCUGUGGCCCGCUGCUACGAGUUGGAGGUCGGAGGAGGGUGUCGGUCUCUGAUGCAGCUACCACCAGCACCACCACCACCAACCAGUACAUAUGAGAACACCAUCCAGGAAGGAGGGAUUCUGGAGGAAGAGUCGGAGUCUCUAAGACUGAGAGUCUCUGGCUGAUCACUGAAUCAUGAGAAGAUUAUCGAUUCCUCAUACAAAUCUGAACUUGUUUCUCUCCGUGUUUAUACCGCAGUGGUGAUCAACAAUGCCUAACCUUCCUCUGAAGUUUAGCUUCAACCCUCAUCUAACACACCUGUCUCUGCUGCUUUCUGCUCACCCUAACCUGAAAUCCCCCAGCGUCUGCGUCAGGUGUCUGUACGAAGGGAGAGCUUCCAGCUUGCAGCCUUGGCUAUGCAGCGAGUGAACUGUGCUUUGGGACUCUUUUAGCCUGCGCUUAUCUGGUAACAGCUUUAAAACACUUCACACUGAAUUCUGGGCUCAUGCUCACUAAUGUUUGAUGCAGAAUAACCAAAUGAGAGAUCUGUAAAAUUAAACUGAUCGUAUUCUCUGCC